AUGGACGGACAAGCGGGCCAGGCGGCCAAUAAUUCAAGCGACUUCGUGCGCAAACUCUAUAAGAUGUUGGAGAAUCCGCAGGACGAGAGUGUGGUACGGUGGGGCAAUGAAGGAGACAGCUUUGUUGUGCUGGAGAAUGAGAAGUUCACAAAGCAUAUUUUGCCAAAGCAUUUCAAGCAUAGCAACUUCGCCAGUUUCGUACGUCAGCUUAACAAGUAUGACUUCCACAAAGUACGACAUAAUAAUGAAGAAGGAGGAGCAUCUCCGUACGGCGCAGGGGCCUGGGAAUUCAAACACCCGGAUUUCAAAAUGAACAACAAGGACGCACUGGACAAUAUUCGAAGGAAGGCACCUGCGCCGCGGAAAGCAAAUGCCAUGUCUGACGAACCACUUCCGACGCAACAAAUGGACCUUGUCAACACCCAGCUGGUAGCUACCCAGCAGCAACUGCAGCAGCUCUCCGAGCGCUAUACUGAAUUGAGCAUGCAUCAUUCCAUGCUGUUGCAAGAGCUGAUCGGCGUUCAAAAGACUGUCGUAAAUCACGAGCACGUAAUUCAAUAUGUUAUGAAUUUUUUGAAUUCAGUCGAUGCACAGAGGCGACGAGAAAGCAGAAUCGUCAAUCCAAACCCGUUCGCGAACUCUGGUAACGGAGCGAAUGGUGUCAACUCGCCCAACGGUGGUAACGCGACGGGCCUGCCACCUAUAGAGGAUGACGUUCCAGCCUCACCCUUGCAACAUGCGUCUAAGCUUCUUAGCGAGGUCAACGCGGAUCAUAUGCUGAACACGCGAAAUCUGGAGCAGAUGAACGAGGCUCAGAUGCGUAUGAAUGCUGCGCUGACCACACCUCCGCCGGACUUGUCGGCACGCAACGGAACUCGCUCAUCCAGCAAAGGCGCUCAGCCACAGUCGGCAGGCUCUGCCGGCUCCGCUUCUUAUGGCGAGCUCGAAAACGUGGUCUAWCCUAUUGGGCACACUCAAGGGAUAGACCCGAUGUACAGCGAUCAUAUUCAUAAUAUUCCGUACCCAAUGCCGGCCAAAGGACCCGAUGGCAAUGUCGCAGCACCACCGGUGCCAGAGUCGCGCAAGAAGAGCACCCAGAUAGAUCCUGGCUGGGUCCGACAGCCACAAAUUCUCCUUGUGGAAGACGAUCAAACUUGCAGGCGCAUAGGCGGCAAGUUUCUACAUGCCUUUCAAUGCUUCAUCGACAGCGCAACGGAUGGCCUCGAAGCUGUCAACAAGCUGAACACGGGUGCCAAGUACGAUCUUGUUUUGAUGGACAUCAUCAUGCCUAGCCUCGAUGGCGUUUCCGCGACGCAUCUGGUGAGGCAGUUUGACCAAACAACUCCCAUCAUCGCCAUGACAUCCAACAUUAGAAGUGAUGACAUAGGAAUGUACUUUCAACAUGGGAUGAACGACGUUCUGCCCAAGCCGUUCACCAAGGAAGGGCUUUUAAGCAUGCUGGAGAAGCAUCUUCAACAUCUCAAGAAGCACAAUGCAGGUGGACUCGAAGUAAUGCCCCCACCUUUAAAUUCCGCCAAGCGAAGCCUAAAGACGGAAGAUUCUCCGGCUACAUCGCCUGCUGCGGUGAGCAAUUGGAACUCCCCAAAUCAUCUCACAGGGGGCUCACCGAGCGGAAGUCUGAACGCCGACGAUUCCUAUAUGCAAGCUGGAUCGUACGUGCAACCUGGCAUGCAGGCCCCGCCGCAAUCGAGGUAUGCACCUACGGCACCGGGUACACUGGUCAUGCCCCCACGACAGCAGCCGAUCCCUCAGGCUGGGCUGCACCGUCGUGGAAUAUCAGAUAUCACAGGAGGCCCAGAAAUGGGCGUCGACGCCAAGCGCCAGCAGAUGUACGGGCCUCCAAAUCCUUUGGCGCACCUCCAGCAACCGAUGCGCCCACCUCCGCGAUGA